AUUGAUUCUCUUGUUGGUAAAAAUGGAAGUAAGAGGUCUAGUGAUGUACGUGUUGUUGAUGUGUUACAUCUUUGGUCACAUAAUGACAAGUCAUAACAAUGGCUUUAUCGAAGCCCGGAGCUCGUCUAAAUACGGAGAUCAAGAAAUCGAGAAGAAGCUAAUGACAAUUAACAAACCCGCUGUCAAGAUCAUCAAGACUAUCCAUGGAGAACUAUACGGAUGCGUGGAUUUCUUCAAGCAACCAGCAUUUGAUCACCCUUCUAUGAAAAAUCACACAUACCAUUACAAGAUGCGUCCGGUAUCCCGUCCCAAAGAAAAGAGAACAAGAGAGACAAACAAUACCGGAUAUGGUUACUUAUGGGAGAAUGGUGUGGGUUGUCCCAUUGGUACGGUCCCUAUACGAAGAAUCACCAAAGACGAUAUCUUGGGAUUAAACUUGUUAGAGGAUAAAUAUAAACCUGGGGGUUCUUACAACACUACCACCUACGGUACUGACCCGUAUUACGACCAACAUCAUUUCGCGGUGGGUCGGACACCGAACAACCGAAUGGUCUUCAAUGGAGCAACAAUGGAACUUUGUAUAACCGCCCCUCAGGUUAAGCCUACCCAAUUCAGUAGUGCUCGGCUUCACAUUCAGUUGGGAGACGAUUUCAUCCAAAUUGGUAUAACUGUAAAUCCAUUACUGUACAAGGACGACCAACCUCGGCUUUACCAAUAUACAAAGGCCGGUGGACAACAAUGUUACAAUGCCCAAUGCCCCGCAGGAAUGGUAAGUGUUCGUCAAGAUUUUCCAAUGGGCUUGUCAAUGCUGCCAGCUUCUGUUCGCGGUGCUAAGACAAGUUAUUUCAGCACAUUUGGACUAAUCAAGGACCAACCAAGUGGGAACUGGUGGUUUCAGUUUGAUAAAGACUUCGACGCAAUCGGUUUCUGGCCGUCGGAAAGGUUUCAUCAAAACUCUGGAAACUACGUCGAGUGGGGCGGAGAAGUGUUCACCGCAUCACUACCUGGUCCUCAGAUGGGAUAUGGAAUUUUUCCAUAUGCUGUUAUAAGUUACGAUGCAUAUGUCAAAAAUGUAGCCAUACUCGAUGCUAAUUUUAACUUUGAUACUAAAGUGGAUUACAUGGAAUCAUUUUCGGACAAUAAUGCAGGAUACCAAGUGAUCGACUUCGUAAAGUCUGAAUUCAAAGAUGCUGGUCAUGUAAUCUUUUAUGGUGGUCCAGGACUCGAUCAUUAA